CUGCAAUUCAGUGCACUGCAUUGCAGUGUACUGCGUCGCUGAUGAAGUGCUGUCUCAAAUGGAACACUUAACCGUUAACCACUUGGCGGAAGUGACGGACGCAAAUCUGUUCACGGCACCCGCGAAAUUAAGCCGGGAGUGACGUAUGCAAAUCUUCUUGCGAUCCCGUAACCCUUAAAGUGACAAAAUGAAUGCACUUCUUGCCCUCUUGUUGUCCCUUGUUUACCUUUCUCCACCCCAUGUGGAAACUGCGAUACCUCCACAAUCGCGGCAGGAGCCUCCGCCUUCUGGCUGAAGUCGAGAUGCAGCCACCCAGUCCCAGGCGGCGCUGCCGUAUCAAUGUUGCAAUGCCACUGCUGGCGUUGUGUUGUGAUGGCCACAGUGACAUGAGGGUGGACUUCAGGCUCACCGAGAGUCAUUCAACGCCCUCAUGGCUGUGCUGGGCACUGACUGACCACGGUUGGGGCCCCGAGAUCUCCUGUCUAGUUUUUAUUUUUGGCUUGCCAGCGCCACCUCCUAUCGGGUGGUGGCCAGGGCCUCGACAGGCCCCGGGCUCAGUGCAUGAUGCCAGGGUCCUGAAUAACAGCCCCAUCUUCUAUGAGCAGUCAUCCCCUCCACCAGGAUACUGUAUCCUUGGGGAUGGUGGCUCCCCCUGCCUGUCCCAACCCAUCUGCCUCAUGACCUCCUUCAGGCAGCCUGUCCACCUCCAAGCUACAACCGCUGCCUGUCAAAGGCGAGGUGUGUUGUGGAGAGGUCCUUCGGGAUACUUAAGACGCGAUGGCGGUCCAUCUUCUUAA